AUGGAAAGUGAUGAUGGGCAGGUACACUCACAGGUGUUUGAGCCUCAGGAUGUGCAGCUUGAAGAGGUGGAGGAGAGGUCAUUAGUUGUGGGAAGCGAGCCAACUGUUUACUCCUCGGAGGACGUGCAGUCGGUCCUCGUGAAUGUGCCGGUCGGCGGCCCGCCUUCCCGUGGCCCACUUUCCGAGUUUCAUUCAGUAGAAGAAAUUUCCGCCAGCUCAGAACGGAGCCGUGACGUUGCGCGAAGUGCCAUUGUGAACCGGCUGGUGUCACCAUUGCCAACCUCGCCAUUGAAGGAUCGUAGCGUAGUAGAAAUUUCAGAAGAGCAAAUACGCUUGUUUGCUGACGAGUCGCAUUUCCCUCCACCACCUUCCAAUAUCAGCAUCAGGACAAGCCGCUCCGAGCGUGCGCCAUCUAGUUCCCAUGCCGUAUCACGAUUUGUUUCAUCUCCAAGCCCCCUGCGGCAAGUCGUUCGGCGCUACGUCUCGCCACAACGGCACAUUGAUACGCCUUUGAUUAAUCGGAGGGCGUCCACCCCCAUUCGCCGCCUGUCCACCCCUUGCGAUCGCCGAUUAGUUUCUCCCGUUGACACCCCCGACUUCAGAGAGAGGCGAGGGAGGCUGAACCCACAGGCCAGGAUGUCACCAACACUCGUCGUGGCCUCUUCAUCACUGCCUGAAGAUGAGUCGUCUGCGGAUUCCCUUGUUAUUGUGCCAACGUACAAUAGAAAGAAGAGACGGGUGUGUGGCGGCCGCAGUUUCCCAACGUUGUACAACAUCAGCUCCUUAUUGGUUCAGUUUGAUGGUGUGUGGGCCUCGUCUGAUGACGAGGAAGAGACCAGCAGGAAUAUUGCUGGUAGUGUUGCUCUCAGGAGAGCAGCGGGGCGAUACCGCAACUCUCCUUCACCGAUUACCCCGGUUGCUUCGGGUGCAGUAUUGGCUCGGCAGCGUUGCAGAACAGGACCACUGAUAGAGGCGCUGCAGUCCGUUAGGAAUGAGAAGGAUAUGCUAAUGAUCAUGGAAAAGGAGCAAAGGGACCGUCGUAAAAUCACGAAAGCUUAUGUUCGAUUGCUGCGUGAAAUGCUUCUCUGGUGUGCCGUGAAGCACGCAACUGUUUUAGCUCGGGGCGGGCCUGGAGCGCAAUCCUGUAAGCUUCGCAGUCAAGCGGGUGCAGUCGGGAGAGCAAACUCAGUUCCUACCAGAACUUCUUCUUCCCGAAGAGGGGAAAGGGUGCGGACCUGCCCAAUCCAGCGCAUGUCGCCGCUCAGGACCCCACGUGAAGAAAUCAGACCUCCACUGCUGUCAUGCGGUGCUCAGUUGGAGACGGACGUUCCGGUGGUGGGCCAAGGUGGCAGGUCGCGCAAUGAUUUUUCUUCCCAUUCACAAGAAAAGGAAAAGAAAGGUCCAUCGGCUGGUACAUAUCAAAGCGUAAGCGGUGCCCCCGCGGGCUCGUGGGGGGUAUUCGACAGCCCUGUUCAAGGCGGCCGACAAGGAUCCUUUAGUAGACCCUCGCCCGACAGGUUGUGUUCUACCUCAAUGGACCGCUCGUACGAGAUAUGGGAGGUUAAAGCACAGUUGCGGAGUGUUGUAUCUGAGGAACUGGGCAAGCGGAUACUUGUGAUUGGCGCGGAGUCCGCAGCCUUCCAGUUUAUUGUUCAUUACCAUCGCAUUGAGCUGACAGCGUUUCAACGUGAGCCCAUCUACCUCCAGGAAGCAUGUCAAAGGAGAAGCAUCGUAUCGGAAGCGAAGAAUCAGUUGCGCAUGAUUAGCGAUAGAGGGAGUAACAUGGGAAUAUUGGGCCAUUUAAACUGGGUGGAGGAGUGGGCUCAACGUCUUCUAACACUUAUAGAAAGUGAACGGUAUGUACGGCAGAUUGAGCUGUAUCAGGCAGAAGGUCACGAACGCGAAGAAAUACAGAGGGUUUUCAGUUUAGGGCUAAAGUCAUUAACUGAGUACCGGGAGUGCGAAGCGAAGAGGAGGAGGUGCAGACUUGAGAUGAAGGAUAUUGCACUGUGUGAGAAUUUGGCUCGGGAAAAGUUGGUAGCAGAGGAAAUUCAGUCUAGGGCAGCCCUGCAUCUCACCUACAGUGCGAUUCCCUCCAGUGUUGUUGCCAGCGGAUCUGACAGAAGAGUUGGAGUGCCCAGGAGGGGCGCACAAAAGGGGAGCUGUGGAGAACACUCGCACAUUUCCCCUCGCGGGACGGAGGAUCCAAGUCGCUGUUACGACCGGUCGCUCGUGACGGAACCGGAAUCACACGCGUCCACGACACAGGAUGGUUCGGCAUUCACUUCCGCUUUGAGCGCAGCGAUGUGCUCAAGAAACACGAGUAAUAACAGAGCUCUUUCGGAUUCGGAUACGCCCAAUGAGGUUGUCUUCUUCGAGUGGGACCCCACAUCCAACACCUUGACACGCACUUCCAACAACAACUUCACCAGCUUCAACACUUCCACUGGCACCACCACAGCGACCGUGCGUGCACCAUCGACGGGUACUGUAGCUGUUGUGAGAUGUGACCGAUCAAAGAGUCUUCCCGAAGCCACAGGUUCAGUGAGUAAAGUGAGCUCACCCUCACCACAGUUUCCCGUUGCUGGUAGUUCCACUAGCCGCGUCGAUAAGAGUGGCUCUUUCGUAUCAGCACCUCUGCGCGGUUCUGCUGCCGCUGCAAGGGAUCAAGUGAGUGAGAUACCUCGGAAAGCAGGUCACAGUGGGCGAAGAAGUUCUUCUGCAGUCUUGAAGUCCUGCAAGACAGCAAGAAGGAACGAUAAGACGCCACUUUCUGGUUCUGGCAGACGGCCGUCAAGGGUUCCGAACGCUGCAAGGGCCGAUGGUGGUAAAACAAACCGCGACAUUUUUAAGCGACCCAUAAAUCCGGUGGAGGAGGCGGAAGCUACAUUUUCUUUAGCGAACCGACAUAUUGUCCCCUGCUCCCUGAAGGCUGCGGUGGCGCGUAGGGGAGGUUCCACAUGUUGCUUCAAUCAAUUCUCUGGUGAGCCCUUCCCAGAUCUGAGAUCGACGACGCAACGUCCCUACAAUGAUGAUAUCAUCUAUAGCAACUCGUCAAGAGGAUUUUCCGAGAUAGAUUUCGGCGAGUUAUCGUCGGCGGGGGAGGAGGAGGUGAAGGUGCGUGGGGACACCGCGGCAAAAGUACAUUGUGGGGUGUCGGGCACUCCCCUCCAGUCUGUUACGACGGUGACAAUUUCUUUAGACAGUGAUGAUGCCGAGGACGGUGGUCACGGAGGCCAAGGAAACAGCAAUGCCGCUGCAGUCAGUGAUGACCGAGUCGAAGUGGGAUCUAUCACUACCGAAUUUAUUUUUGAAAGUGUUCGCGACGAGGAUGAUGAUGUGGACCCAUUUUCGAUGAGGACCGUUGGGAAGGGGAGUAACAGUGACAGUGCAGCGGGGAAAAAUGUGGGACCGAGCCUCAUGGGAUCAAGUAAGGCUCCGUUUGAAUCGGCUGAGCGAUCGCCCACCUCCACACCUAUGCCACGACAGGAAAGCAGAAGACUGCUGAGUCACAGGAGUAAAAGUCAAGAAACUUUGACAAUACCUGAUGUUUCAUUAUCAACAAUGCACGACGAGACUAUAGGAAGCGGGUUCAAGGGCGAGGCAGCGGGUAGGGCCUCCCUUCGUAGUGGGUGUUCCUCUUCCCCCCGAUUUGGCGAGAGUACUCUCAGCGCCAGCACGGCGUUGAACACUGAUGAAGCGGGAAACAAGAAACGGUCAUGUAAGGGGGGCCCGAGUCGCGGUUCAUCACGUCGGCCAGCUGUGAACAGGCCCAAAGUUCCACCAGGCUACUUGAGACCAACGGCCGGAUGGAAGCGCCAGAGUGAGGAAAAGGUGUGGCAGCAGUUAUUUUCUGAGGCGAGAGCUAAGCAUCGUGUGAGUGCGUCACGACCUGCCCCGAUCAACCCCCGAUGCCCCCGCGAUUACAAAUCAGACCGCAAAGCUAUCAAGGUGGCGCGUGUUCCAUAUGAAGAAGGCCCUGGUGUGUGGAGCGACUACGAGGAACCACGACAGCCGUAUGGUCCCAUCAAAGUACCGAGCGACGCGCGCUACGGGAGAAAACCUGAAGGGAGGUGUGUAGGUGGCCAGUCGGGAGCCGCAACGAUUAUUUCACCCGUUCGCCGCCGAGAUGCGGUGUGGCGUUUUAAAGCAGAGGGGAGCUGUUGUCAUCGCAGCACAUCCAGUCUACGGGAUGCCAAACUGUCGAGGGACGAAAGCAGUAACGCACUGACUAACGAAGGUACCGCCCUUGAUGAGGAGGAUAUGGAUGCAUUAAAGGGGAUAGUUAGGAGGGCCAGCACCACCAGCCACCGCACUGUUGCUUCGGUGGCCAGCACUCCAAAGAAGGCUUGUGGAUCUUCGUUUUACAGCUCGCGUUCCGUGACACCGUCUUAUAUCGAGGCAUUUUACAAGUUAGACCUCGAAGCGGCAAAACGUUAUGGAUUCCUCAUUUCGUCGCAUAGCGGCCCAGUGCUCCAGAGCACGACGCCUUCGAAAGGUGGAAAAAAAAGAAUAACCAAAGGUAAGCAUCUUCCCCAACCACCAACCGAAAGUUCCAGUAGUGAGCUGAAGUUGAGCCCUGAUGCGAACUCAGAGGAGCGGCUUUUAUCGACCACUACGACACAUACAAGCAUGUCGCACAUUUUGUACUCCCCCAGGUCGAAACAUCACUGCUGA